GAAUUUUUGUGUAGCAAGGAUUUAGUGGCGGACGUUGUAUCUUCCUGCUGCUAUAAUAAUUUAAGCGUCCUGAUGAACUAACAUGAUGAUCAACAACAUGGGUGGACAUCGACGGGAUCAGAGUGACAGCCACGUUCCCUUGCGGCCUUCAGCGGAUUUUGGUAUAGAAGGUACAGAACUCCAGGUUCGGCUUGAUACAUCCCAACAUUCUCUGGCCUCACCCACGUGCAAUGGGAUUUCCAUCAAUAUCGACCCUGCUGAUCCCGAGCCCACCUGCAUCAGUCCCAAAAUUAUGCAACCGCGAAGAUCUGAGGGUUUGAAAACGGCGAUUGCCUUUUGCUGUUUGAUGCUUUCGGCUUUUCUCAACUUUUUUCUUCUCACUGUCAUUCAUGAUGUCGUCCCACGUCAGCCGCUUCCUGAUCUCACGUUCAUGAUCAUUCCACAACAGAAAUGGGCUUGGUCAGUGGGCGACGUACUAUCUACCGUUAGCUCUGUCAUGGCGUUCACAGUAGUACUUCUUCAUCAUGAGCGUUGGGUUGUUUUACGUCGAAUGUUUCUUCUGGGUGCGAUCAUGUACGGGUUACGAGCUGUUGUUUUGGGUGUAACUUUCCUCCCUCCAUCCUUCCAUGAUCGCGAUGAGAUCUGUCUCACGCAAGUGAACCGGUCGGCAAUGUACGGGAUGGAAAUUGCGACGAGAUUCUUGACCUACGUCGUUACACUGGGUCUCACCUCCGGUCAAGAAAAAAUACUCUGUGGUGACUUGAUGUUCAGCGGACAUACCGUGGUGCUUACAAUCAUGUACUUCGUGCAGCUUCAGUAUACCCCCAGGGGGUUGGUCUGGAUAAGGUAUCUGGCCGCUCCAAUAACUUUUCUUGGCAUAAGUGCACUAGUUGUUUCCGGGGGUCACUACACAAUGGAUGUUCUCAUUGCAUACUGGUUGACAAGUCAUGUGUUCUGGGCUUAUCAUCAGAUGUUCGAGAUGCCAAAAAAAGACAGGCCUGAUGCGCCAAUGAGUAGGCUCUGGUGGUUCUGGCUCUGCUACUGGUUUGAAGCUGAUGUCGCUGAAGGACGGCUAGUAAAUCGCUGGGAUUGGCCAUUUGAAGGACCACAAGUGAUGCAUGACUUGAUGCGGCGAUCCGUAUGGGUCGCCCGUGUCCUCUUCCUUGAAAUGGUGCAAUCAUCACGUCGUGCUAGCCCUAGAAGAAUAGUGCUAAGUAAUACUUGUAUUGCUCCUACGUCUCAGACAUACAGGUUCGCAACUUUGUUUUAA